CUUGGAAAGUCCAGCACUGGAGUUUAUAUCUCCUGCAUCUCUUCAUCUCAGAAGACUCCAGACAUAGCAUCACUCCAUGCAACCAAGAAAGUUGAUACCAUGGGGCCCAUCUCAGGCUGACCUUGACACGUCUCUUGCUCUGCUCUCAUCAACCAGACCUCUAUACUUCAUUUUGGAAGAAGACUAAAAAUGGUGUUUCCAAUGUGGACAUUAAAGAGACCAUUCCUUCUCCUUUUUAACAUGAUCCUAAUUUCCAAGCUUGGUGCUAGAUGGUUUCCUAAAACUCUGCCCUGUGAUGUCAGUCGGAAUGACUCAAAUGACCAAGUGAUCGUAGACUGCACAGACAAGCAUUUGACGGAGAUUCCUGGAGGUAUUCCCACCAACACCACCAACCUCACUCUCACCAUCAACCACAUACCAGACAUCUCUCCAGCCUCCUUCCGCCAGCUAGACCAGCUGGUAGAGAUUGAUUUCAGAUGCAACUGUAUACCUAUUCGACUGGGGCCAAAAGACAAAAUUUGCAACAAAAGCCUGCAGAUUAAACCCGGAAGCUUUCACAGACUGACUUAUUUAAAAUCCCUUUACCUGGAUGGAAAUCAGCUUCUAGAAAUACCACAGGAUCUUCCUCCCAGCUUACAGCUGCUGAGCCUUGAAGCUAACAGCAUCUUCUCCCUCAACAUAAAUAAUCUAACACAACUGGCCAAUAUAGAAAAGCUCUACCUUGGCCAAAACUGUUAUUAUCGUAAUCCCUGUAAUGUUUCAUUUUAUAUUGAAAAAGAUUCUUUCCAAAAACUGCAGAAUUUAAAACUGCUCUCCCUAAAAGAUAACAAUAUUACAGCUGUUCCCACUAUUUUGCCACCUAGUUUAACAGAACUCUAUCUUCACAACAACAUGAUUGCAGAAAUCCAAGCAGAUGAUUUUAAUAACCUCAGUCAACUGCAAACUCUUGACCUCAGUGGAAACUGCCCUCGUUGUUAUAAUGUCCCAUUUCCUUGUACACCCUGUGAAAACAAUUCUCCCCUACGGAUCCAUAUAAAUGCUUUCGAUGCAUUGACAGAAUUACAAGUUUUACGUCUACACAGUAACUCUCUUCAGUCUGUGCCCGAAAGAUUGUUUAAACACCUUAACAAACUUAAGGAACUCGAUCUUUCUCAAAACUUCUUGGCUAAAGAAAUUGGGGAUGCCAAAUUUUUGCAUCAUCUUCACAACCUUGUCCAAUUGGAUCUAUCUUUCAAUUAUGAACUUCAGGUCUAUCGUGAACAGAUGAAACUAUCAAAUGCAUUUUCUUCACUGAAAAACCUGAAAGUUUUGCGGAUCAAAGGAUAUGUCUUUAAGGAGCUGGAAUUCUUGAACCUCUCCCCAUUACUUUCUCUUCCCAAUCUUGAAGUUCUUGAUCUCGGCACUAACUUUAUUAAAAUUGCUAACCUCAGCAUAUUUGAAAAUUUUAAAACAUUGAAAGUGAUAGAUCUUUCAGUGAAUAAAAUAUCACCUUCAGGAGAUUCAAGUGAAGUUGGCUCUUGUUCUAACACCAGAACUUCUGUAGGAGCUUAUGGGUUCCAGGUCUUUGAAGCAUUACAUUAUUUCAGAUAUGAUGAGUAUGCAAGGAGUUGCAGAUUCAAAAAUGAAGAAACUCCUUCUUUCUUGAGUUAUUAUAAUGAAGAGUGUUACCGUUAUGGGGAGACCUUGGACCUAAGUAGAAAUAGUAUAUUUUUUAUCAGGUCCUCUGAUUUUCAGCACCUUUCUUUCCUUAAAUGCCUAAACUUGUCAGGAAAUAGUGUUGGCCAAGCUCUUAAUGGCAGUGAAUUUCAACCUUUAGUGGAGUUGAGAUAUCUGGACUUCUCUAACAACCGGCUUGAUUUACUCUACUCAACAGCAUUUGAGGGGCUACACAAGCUGGAAGUUUUAGAUAUAAGUAGUAACAGCCAUUAUUUUCAAUCAGAAGGAAUUACUCACAUGCUAAACUUUACCAAGAACCUCAAGUUUCUCAGGAAACUGAUGAUGAAUGACAAUGAUAUCUCUACCUCCACUAGCAAGACCAUGGAGAGCAAAUCUCUUAGAACACUGGAAUUCAGAGGAAAUCAUUUGGAUAUUUUAUGGAGAGAUGGUGAUGACAGAUACUUCAAUUUCUUCAAGAAUCUGACCAACUUACAGGAAUUAGAUAUCUCUUCAAACUCCCUUAGUUUCUUGCCUGCUGGAGUUUUUGAUGGUAUGCCUCCAUAUCUAAAGACUCUUGUUUUGGUCAGAAAUGGGCUCAAGUUUUUUCACUGGGAGAAACUCCAGUCUCUGAAGCAUCUAGAAACUUUGGACCUCAGCCACAACCAGCUGAAUAUUCUCCCUGAGAGAUUAUCCAAUUGUUCCAGCAGCCUCAAGAAACUCAUUCUUCACAAUAAUCAAAUUAGGUGUCUGACAAAGUAUUUUCUACAAGAUGCUUUCCAGUUGCGAUAUCUGGACCUCAGCUCAAAUAAAAUCCAGGUUAUCCAAAAGACUAGCUUUCCAGAAAAUGUCCUCAACAAUCUGGAGAUGUUGCUUUUGCAUCAUAAUCGGUUUUUGUGCACAUGUGAUGCCGUGUGGUUUGUCUGGUGGGUUAACAAUACAGAGGUGACUAUUCCUAACUUGGCCACAGAUGUGACUUGUGUGGGGCCAGGGGCACACAAGGGCCAAAGCGUAGUCUCUCUGGAUCUGUAUACCUGUGAGUUAGAUCUGACUAACUUGGUUCUGUUCUCUCUCUCCAUAUCGGCAGCUCUCUUUCUAAUGGUGGUUAUGACAGCAAGCCACCUCUAUUUCUGGGAUGUGUGGUAUAGUUACCAUUUCUGCAAGGCCAAAAUAAAGGGGUAUCAACGUCUGAUAUCCCCCGACUCUUGCUAUGAUGCUUUUAUUGUGUAUGACACUAAAGACCCUGCAGUGACAGAGUGGGUUUUGGAUGAGCUGGUGGCCAAAUUGGAAGACCCAAGAGAGAAACAUUUUAAUUUAUGUCUUGAGGAAAGGGACUGGUUACCAGGGCAGCCAGUUCUGGAAAACCUGUCCCAGAGCAUACAGCUUAGCAAAAAGACAGUAUUUGUGAUGACAGACAAGUAUGCAAAGACUGAGAAUUUUAAGAUAGCCUUUUACUUAUCCCAUCAGAGGCUCAUGGAUGAAAAAGUGGAUGUAAUUAUUUUGAUAUUCCUUGAGAAGCCCCUUCAGAAGUCCAAGUUCCUCCAGCUCCGGAAGAGGCUCUGUGGGAGUUCUGUCCUUGAGUGGCCAACAAACCCACAGGCUCAUCCGUACUUCUGGCAGUGUCUAAGAAAUGCUCUGGCCACAGACAAUCAUGUGACCUACAGCCGGGUGUUCAAAGAGACAGUUUAGUUCUUCUUUGAAAAAUGAAACUACCUAACUUAUGUAGGAGAAGCUUGGCUGCCUAGAUUUUCUCAAAGAUGUCUCUCCAAGAGUGGUUUUAAGUUCUCCAAUACUUGGGAUUGCCAACAUCAGAAAGGCUUCCCAAUAUAUGACAAAGGAAUUGGAAAAAUGGGACUUAUAUAAUGCAUCGAGUUGUCUUUCCCAUCUCUCUAUGCUUCCCUUGGCACUUAAAUCUCUCCCUUCUGCUCCUGUAGGAAAUCCUAUUGGGAGAAGGGGGGCAAGGAGAGGAGUUAUGGCUCUGAUUUCCUUGUAAUUGUGAUUAUUAAAUAUAUACACAGUCAGAAACUUAAGAACUACACUCCCACCCUUAAGAAGUACUGGUAUGUAUAUAAAUAGCGUUAGAAAUGCUCAGGGUCUGUUUAUAUGACAUCAAAAUGUACCAGAGUGAGUUUAGUGAAAUAAAAACCCAAUUAACCCUCACUGAUGACUUCAGUGUCAUCUAGCGCCCGCUCUGUGCAGACCGAGUGUUGCUACACAGCAGGUGAUUGCUGCCUGUCCAAAUACCACUCGGUCUUUUCCCUUGGGCCUGUUACUGGGUUCUAUGGGGAAAUAGUACAAAAGAUCUUUACCAUUGCUGAGCAUAGUCUAUUUAUACAUGGGGGAAAAUACAGUCAUCUGCUUUCAUACAGAGUGAUGCUCUUCACUGUUGAUCAUAAUUUACCUGCUUAAAUAUUGUAUGGACAUUUUAGUUUGCUCCCCCCAAAUUCAUAUGUUGAGUUCCUAACCUUCAAUGGGAUGGUGUUUGGAGUCGGGGCAUUUAGGAGUAGAUGAGGUCCUAAAAGUGGAGUCUUCAUGAUGGGGUGAGUGCCCUUAUAAGAAGAAGCCAAAGAGCUAGCUCACUGUCUUCCUACCAUGUGUGGAUACAAACAGAAUUCAACAGAGUUUGCAAUGCAGAAGAGGGUCUUCACCAGAACCAGACCACAAAGUCACUCUGAUCUCAGACUUCUACCCCCCAGAACUGUGAGAAAUAAAUGUUUGUUGUUUAAGCCACCCAGUCUGUGGUGUAUUAUUAUAGCAGCCUGAGCUGACUGAGACAAAUAUUUUUAUCUGUAUUGCAAAG